AUGGACCGUGGACAGACUGUCGGUGUCCUGGGCGGUGGCCAGCUUGGCCGCAUGUUCGGCGAGGCUGCAUCGCGCUUGAAUGUCACUGUGCGCUUCCUCGAUGUGGGCGAUAACACGCCGGCGAAGCAAAUUACUAGUGUGCCAGCGUCGUCAGAUGGACCACAACAUGUGGAUGGCAGCUUUGCCGACAAGGCCAAGAUUCAUGAGCUGGCGCAGCAGGUGGACAUCCUCACGGUAGAAAUCGAGCAUGUGGAUGCGGACGAGCUUCAAACGGUGCUAGACAAGGGCCUCGUCAAGGCCGUCCAUCCCGCGCCUUCGACCAUUCGGCUGAUCCAAGAUAAAUUUGCGCAGAAGGAGCACUUGAUGCGUCAUGCUGUGCCUGUCGUCGAAUCAAUGGCCAUUGAGGCCGGUAGCGAUAUGCGCGCCUCGAUUCAGGCGGCGAUCGAUCGCUACCAGCUCCCUCUCAUGCUUAAAUCACGUACGCAGGCUUACGAUGGACGUGGCAACUUUACGCUGCGUUCUGCGGACGAUAUCGAGGCAGCUAUUGAUGCUCUAGGCGGUGGAUCUCGUCCUUUGUAUGCGGAAAAGUGGGCGCCCUUCUCGAAGGAGAUUGCUGUUAUGGUCGUACGCAGCGUCGAUGGCCACGUCGUGUCGUACCCGGCUGUGGAGACAGUGCAUGAGAACAGCAUUUGUCACAGUGUGUACGCGCCUCUUCGCAGUAACGUGCCAGAACUGGCAGAGCGUGCGCGUACCAUUGCUGAGCGGGCCGUGGCAACCUUUGAAGGCGCUGGCAUUUUCGGCGUAGAGAUGUUUUUGAUGGACGAUGGCGAGAUUCUGCUCAAUGAAUUGGCGCCCCGGCCGCACAACAGUGGUCACUACACGAUGGAUGCGUGCGAUACGACACAGUUUGAGAACCACUUACGUGCGAUCCUAGGCCUGCCCCUGGGCAGUACAGCGAUGAAGGUGCCUUCAGCAGCGAUGCUCAAUAUUCUGGGCCUCGCUGACUUGAGUAAGGAUGCGGAUGCGUUGGCCAAGACGUUGGCACCGGCCGUACGUAGUCUCUCUGUGCCUGGAACCACAGUGCAUCUGUACGGCAAGAGUGGAUGCCGCCCUGGCCGCAAGAUGGGCCACAUCAACGUGGUAGGUGAGAGUGAUGCGCGAGUGCAUGCGCGUAUGAGUGCCUUGCUGGAAGAGCUUGCGCUGGCGCAGGACGCAGCGAAGAGUGCUUCGGCGUGGGAUCGGGAGGCUGCCGCGAAGCGAGCUGCUGCCGUGGCUACGCCCUCGGAUAAGUCUGCGCGUGACUAUGCGCAUCCCCAGGCGCUGGUGGGCAUUAUCAUGGGCUCGGACAGUGACUUGCCCGUGAUGACCAGUGCGGCUCAAACGCUGAAAGACUUUGAUGUGCCGUUUGAGCUUACGAUUGUCAGUGCGCACCGCACACCGGAUCGUAUGCGUGACUACGCGCGCAGUGCGCGUUCGCGUGGGUUGCGCGUGAUCAUUGCCGGAGCUGGUGGUGCCGCGCACUUGCCGGGUAUGGUGGCUGCUCAGACCGCUUUGCCUGUGAUUGGCGUGCCUGUCAAGGGCAGUACUUUGGAUGGUGUGGACUCGCUGCACAGCAUUGUGCAGAUGCCGCGUGGCGUACCUGUCGCUACUGUCGCGAUUAACAACAGUAUGAAUGCUGCCUUGUUGGCGAUUCGCAUGUUGGGGACAGCCAUGCCUGGCUACCUAGACAAGAUGGAGACGUACAUGAGCGAUAUGGAAUCGGGCGUGAUGCAGAAAGUGGAGCGCCUCGCGCACGAUGGCUGGUCUUACAAGUGUGAUCUCGUUUGCUUUACUAUGGCCCCUCGUGCUCAAAGUCGUCUGUCUGCCGUUGUGUCGCACUUCAUGUCACAGGGUGGUGAGGAAUUUGACUACGUCAUUGUGGGUGGUGGUACCGCUGGGUCGGUCCUAGCCAAUCGUUUGACCGAAGAUGCUGGAUUGUCGGUGGCUGUGAUUGAGGGUGGUCCUUCGGACGAAGGCAUGGACCGGGUGCUCAACCUGCGCCGCUGGCUUGAGCUGCUCGGUAGUGACAUCGACUAUGACUACACUACGACGGAGCAGCCCCGCGGCAACUCGCACAUCCGUCAUUCGCGUGCGCGUGUGCUAGGCGGCUGCUCAUCGCAUAACACGCUCAUUUCGUUCUUCCCCUUCAAUGAGGACCUGAACAUCUGGCGUGAUCACCAUGGCUGCCCGGACUGGGGCGCGCCGACGCUCCAGCCGUAUGGCACUCGCUUGAAGAUGAACAUUACGCCUAUUGCGCCGCAGCAACGCAACCACGUCGUGCGCGACUGGGUGGAAGCGAGUUCGGCUGUGACAGGUGCACCGAUCAUGGAGGACAUGAACUCGCAGAUUGCCUACCGCGGUGGCUUUGACAAGGCCGUGGGUUUCUUUAACAUUUCGUACGACCCGUACAACGGCUACCGCAGCAGCGCUAGCACGGCGUACAUGCACCCUAUUAUGCCGCGUGGUGCGUCGCCUCGUAAGAACUUGCACCUGUUCCUCGAGACCUGGGUGCAUGCGCUUGAGUUUGACGAGAAGGACCCGCUGCGUGUGCGUGGCGUGCGUGUGACGACCAAGACUGGCGCCCACAAGGUGAUCCGUGCGCGUCGUGAGGUCAUCUUGGCCGCAGGUGCGUUUGACACGCCGCGUCUGUUGUUGCUUUCGGGUAUCGGCCCGAAGAACGACCUGGAGACGAUCGGUAUUCGAUGCCGUCACGACCUCCCGGGCGUGGGUCUGAAUCUGAACGACCAUCCCGAGUCGAUCAUUAUGUGGGAGACGCGUGACACCCCCAACGAGACGGUCAUGUCAUCGGAUGCCGGUCUGUUUGUGCGGGCUCUGCCUGCGGACGCCGAGCCUGUGCCGCAUCCCGGUCCGGAUCUCAUGUUCCACAUCUACCAAGUGCCGUUCACAGAGAACACAGCGCGCGAAGGCUUCCCUGAGCCCAAGCAUGCCAUCUGCAUGACACCCAACUGUAUGCGCUCGCGUGGCCGCGGCAGGCUGUCGUUGGCGAGCUCGGACCCGAAGGUGAAGCCGUUGAUCGAUUUCAAGUACUUUGAGGACGAGGACCGCUACGAUGAGCGCCUGCUUAUCGAAGGUAUCAAGCUGGCCCGCAAAAUUGCCGAGCAGGAGCCGUUCAAGCAGCACCUGGUCCGUGAGGUGGCGCCUGGUCCCUCGUGCCAAACGGACGAGGAGAUUAGUGCAUACGCCCGUAAGGUGGCGCACACGGUGUACCACCCUGCCGGUACGUGCCGUAUGGGCACACCGCCCAAGGCGGGUGCCUCGUCGGUGAGCGACGAUGCGCGUACGGUGGUUGUCGACCAAAAGGAUUUGCGUGUCGUUGGCAUGAAGGGUCUGCGUGUAUGUGACGCGAGCCUGCUUCCUACCAUUCCGUCUGUGAACCCUAUGCUGACGAUCUUGAUGAUCGCUGAGCGUGGUGCUGAGCUCAUUCGUAACGAUGGCUGGAUCAAUGGCCAGCGCCGUACAGACUGGGCGUAA